AUGAAAUUAUUAUUGUUUGUGUUAUUCGUAUACACUUAUGCAACAAGUGCACAAUAUAGAUAAGCAAUGGAAGAUGUAUGUAUUAAAAUGUACUUUAGCUUAAUGAUGAUAAUUUCGGAUAAACCCUUCUUGAAACAAUUCAAAUGCAUAUCUAAUCAGAUGAGCCUGUUGGUAAUUUGGUUAACAUGUUAUAAAAUCUAUAAUCAUAAGUAGAGAAAGUUUAAAAUAAAGCUGAUGAAUAACACAAGAGAAUAACUACAAAUUGCUAUAUUAAUCUAGGUUAAUUGAAUGAUCAAAUCAAUAAUUAUAAAAUCAAAUCUGUUACUUUAAAAUCAUACAUUGAAACUCUUAAUCCAAAUGUGAAGUAGAGUGUAGCAACAGUUGAAAGAAAAUAAAAAGAAAUAGUAUUUUAAAAUUUAAUAAAGAUAGAAUGACUAUAAAUCAGAAUUGACAUAAGCAGCUGAAAAGAGAGAGAAAGAGCAUGAAACUUAUACUACCAUUCUUGAUAACCUUGAGUAAGCCUUAUUUGGUUUCCAUUAAAUUAAAUUAGCAUUUAAUCAAUUUAUUGAUUCUGUAUAAAAAGGUUAACGUAAAUUUGAGUCAUUUGCUGAAAUGAAAUAAGUUUUAAAAUAAGUUAAACACACUUAUAAACUUGAAGGUUAUAAACAUUUUGUAUAAUUGCUAUAAUCUCUCUCAAAAUAGACAAGUGAAGAAGUAAUACAUUUGAUAUAAUUUAGGAAGCAUUAAAAUUAGCAAUUUAAUUAAGUGCAAUUUUAAAAUAAAUCGAGUCAUACAUUUAAACUGAAAGAACAAGAGAAGAUUAAGCAGAAUUAGCAAGAGAAACAGCAUAUUCUGAUUAUAAAGAUCAAAUAGCUGAUUUAUUUAAUGAAGCAUCAAGAUCUCUUACUGAAAUGACAGGUACCAUUUUUAAAUAAAAGAGGAAUGUUGGACAGUUAAUCUAAUGAAUUGAAAUAGAGUGAAAAUGAAAAAAAAGAAGUUGAUGUUAGAUUAUAAAAUAAAAUGAAAGAAUUUGACAACACCUAAGCUGAAUGUUCCAUUUUAGAUUAAGAAUAUUAAUAAUCAACUCGUUAAAGAACUUAACAAAGUAAACUACUUGAUUAAGCUAUAUUAUUAACGACAACUUCAUUAGGAUAAUUGAAAAGUGAUUUAUUAAAACAUGCUGAAGUAUAUUGAUAUAUUCAAACCAUG